GUGACCAAGCUAUCACGAGGUGAGUAGCAUUGUAAGCAUAAUUAAUAGCGAUAUACUUCAGUUUGUCUGUGUGUUUUUGUAUGCAAGCGGGUCUGCUGCGGUCUGCUGACAGUCCAAAAUGGCGGCGGUAGGACGAAACCAUGGGCGAGUCUGUUGCUAUGGGGCGUUCUAUUGAGUUUCGCCUCUUGGCAUCCAUACUCUUUGAUGUACUGUCAUCGUGUAGGACGUCAGCGGAAGUUCCGGCCUGUAUGGAUUUCGUCGUGUGAGGCAGUUAAGAGGUUACCGGUACUCGGUCAGCGUCACCUGUAUACUCAACUGUAUACUCCCUCGGACUCGGACACUAUUUAUUUCGAAGACAGCAUCCAGGAUGGACGACUGUCCCCAACAAACGCCGCUGUUUACCUUCGGUGUGAUAGCUGACAUUCAGUACGCAGACCUUGACGACGGAUACAAUUAUUCCCGGACGAAGAGGCGGUACUACCGGAGCAGCCUCCAGCUGCUGAGGCAAGCCCAGGAUAGUUGGUCAGAGUCGGCUGUCAAACCCGAGUUUAUCCUCCAGCUGGGAGACAUUAUCGACGGCUUCAACAAGGGCCCCGGCGCGUCAGACCGAGCGCUGGACACCGUGCUGAGAGAGUUCAGCUCCAGCCCCGUGGAGGUCCACCAUGUGUGGGGGAACCACGAGUUUUAUAACUUCAGCAGGAGCGCGCUGCUGCGUUCAAAGCUCAACAGCACACCGCACACUGACGGGAGCCUGAGUGGAGCCCGGCCCGGCAGUGACAUCUAUGCCUACAGCUUCAGCCCGUUCCCCGGCUUUACAUUUGUGGUCCUGGAUGCGUACGAUGUGAGCCUGCUGGGCAGAGACAAGUCCAGCGGACAGUACAGCGAGGCUCUGACUUUGAUAAGACAGUACAACAACAACGAGGAUCUCAACUGUCCCCCAGUGGCUGAGAGCCUGUUGCAGAGGUUUACAAUGUUCAACGGUGGUUUCAGUAAGGACCAGCUGGACUGGCUAGAUUCUGUUCUGUCCUCAGCCGACAAUAAACAGGAAAGAGUCACAAUUGUCAGUCACCUCCCUGUCCACCCCUACUCCACAGAACCCGUCUGCCUCGCUUGGAACUUUGAUGAGCUCUUGGCCAUCAUACAAUCCCACAGCAGUGUGGUGUGUUUCAUGGCUGGACAUGACCACGACGGUGGAUACUACCUAGAUAAAACCAUGGGAGUGCACCACCUGACGUUAGAAGGGGUGAUCGAGACUCCACCCAACAGUAACGCCUUCGGCACGGUGUCUGUGUAUGAGGACAGGAUGGUGCUGAAAGGCAACGGGAGGAUUCGAGAUCGAGUGCUUCUGUUUCCAUGCCAAAGUGACACAGGUCAUAGGGCAACAUGACACAUGCUGUAAUUCAGAUGCUGUCAAGGCAAUAUUUUUUUAUUUAGAGAGGUAUAUUCUGGACUGGGACAUUUAGAGGAUGUUUGUCACAUUCUUUGGAGAAGUCAGGGAAUUUUACACAGGUCACUUUACAAGAAAGAAAAUCUCCCAUGACACAGGCUUUCCUGUGUUUUUCUCAGAUGAAAAAAAAAUUUAAUAUUACCUCACUUCUGUAAUGGUACUUUAACUUUCCUUUCUUUUAGUUAUAUUAAAGAUGGGAACACUUUCGAAAGUUAACCACUGACAACUAUUACAAAAACACACACCCACAUAUACUCUGUUUUUGUAGAUGAUGCUUGUUAUGUUCACUUACCUCAAAUAAUUUAUUGCACUUAUCAGUUUUUAUUAUUGAUAAUCCUGACAGAGCUGAAACUUCUGUAUAUCUUAUUAUACACUGGUUGUGUUUAAGUUGGAGGUUUAAAUUUUGCAUUUUUUACACACAUAUUUUAAAAAGAAAGUUUCUUGCAAUUGCUGCCUUUUUGCAUGUUGCAUAUUGCACACAAGUGAUUUUAACAUAUUAUUUGCUGAGUACUGUAUUGUGCAGAGUAGUGAGAAAUUUGAUUGGUGCAGUGUACUGCUAAUUAUCACUGAUAUAUUACCCAGCUUUUAGGUGAGAAGAUCAGCAAUGUAAAACAAUGCAACUGGUAAUAAAAUCUUUACACCAGCAGUAGUUGCACAUCUGUGUCUGGCCGAAUAUCCCAUCCACAUCUCUGGCAUCUUAUGCUGCAUUCAAGUUUAAAGAAAAGUGGUGGUGGCUUCAAGCAUUCUGUUAGGGCUUUGUAUUGGCAAUGAGCUGAUAAUACAAUACAUAUCACUAUAUAGGGGUUAUAUUUCAAUUUGAAUAUAUUGCUGUAAGCAAAGGCAUAUUGCAAUUUAAAAAAACAAAUUUUAGGAGCUAGCAGUGCCCCCUUUAUAACUGCCUGUUUCAUAGGCUUGUGUUCUGUCCCAGCUGGCCAGCAGCGUUGUUAGACAUUGAUACUUGGUUGAAAUUAGGUUGUGAUGUUGGAUGACUAAAAUUCAAUGUCAGGUCUAAUGCCAGCAUCAAUUUGAUGUAGAAUUUGAGCAGACAAACAAACAGAUGAC